AACUGAUGGACACACAGAAGCUCACUUGCUUUCUCCUGUCUUUUCCUGGCAGGACAUUGGUUGUUUUGUGGACUUUCUUUAUAUUUUCUUGUUUGACAGAGUCUUAACCUUCUUUCCCCUCGCCCUCUUGGAUCUUCUGUUUUCUCCUGUUGGUAUUUUUCUUCUUUUUUUCCCCCCCGCCUGAUCGCCUGCUCUCCCGUGUCCAUAUCAACCCUUCCUUUUCCCCCUGCUCUCCUUUUCCUCUUCCUCUUCCACUGUUCCCAGUCUCCUUGUGCGUGGUUUUUGGGCCAUGCUCUCCUCACCCACUGUGAUUCUCCAGCCUUAUGGACUGCCUGUCUACCCACAGACAACCACAUGCUACCCCAGCAUAGUUCAGGGAGGCCCUACCCAGGAGGGCCCUGGCAGCGGCGACCCCGCCCUGCCUCAGGUCUAUGCCCCGCCUCCCUCCUACCCCCCUCCAGGUCAAGGUCCGCCAGCAUCCGCGGGCAGGCUGCCACCUCUUGACUUUAGCUCUGCACAUCCGAGCUCAGAGUACCCCGAACAUCCCCAGCUCAGAGUCUACCAGGGCCCUCAGCACGACGGGACGGAAACUCUGUCAUCCAGUACCACGGAGGAUGCUUUGGCCACUGUGACCUCUGACCCCCAGUCUCUGAGCGUGCCGGUGUCAUCAGGGGGUGGGGCAGGAAGUGGAAGUGAGGAGGAGGGGUCAGGUAAGGCCCAACCGAAACGUCUCCAUGUCUCCAACAUCCCGUUCCGCUUCAGAGACCCAGACCUCCGGCAGAUGUUUGGGCAAUUUGGCAAGAUCCUUGAUGUAGAAAUUAUCUUCAAUGAGAGGGGGUCCAAGGGCUUUGGAUUCGUCACCUUCGAGAGUGCAACUGAGGCUGACCGAGCGCGAGAAAAGCUGAAUGGGACAAUUGUGGAAGGGAGAAAGAUUGAGGUUAAUAAUGCCACUGCAAGAGUAGUGACCAAGAAGCCCCAGACGCCUCUUGUGAAUGGUGAAAUUUCAACCUCUGGAUGGAAGAUUAACCCUGUCAUGGGAGCAAUGUAUGCACCCGAGCUCUAUACAGUUGCCAGUUUCCCGUACCCUGUGGCGACUCCCACCUUGGCCUACCGGGGAUCCGCUCUGCGCGGUCGAGGUCGAGCCGUCUACAACACGAUUCGCUCUGCUGCCGCCACACCUGCUGCCGUGCCCGCCUAUCCCGGGGUUGUAUAUCAGGAUGGACUUUAUGGAGCAGAAGUCUAUGGUGGCUAUCCAACAGCUUACAGAGUGGCUCAAUCAGCAUCUGCUGCCACUGCGACCUACAGUGAUGGAUACGGACGGGUCUACGCCACGGCCGCAGACCCCUACCACCACUCGGUCGGACCCACGACCACGUACGGAGUCGGCACAAUGGCCAGCUUGUACCGGGGGGGCUACAACCGCUUCGCCCCGUACUGAGUCACGGGAGGAGGGGGAACUCCGGGGCCGGCCGAUCCACGGACGCCGCGGGGCCGGUCACGAGAUCCUCGAACCUCGGGAAACGCGGAAAUGGGUUUUGCCCGCGGUCGCCAUCGCAACCUGUCCCCGAGAGACUAAACAGACUGAGGCUGUAAAUACCGUAGGAGCCGUUUGCUGUCCGCUCCACUGAAGGACACUUAGCAGGCGGCGGAGGAUGCUAUGUAAUAUAUUUUAGACAGUUGCUGAAAGCCUUUAACGGAUUCUCGUCGUCUGAAUCUAAAGAGUAUUAAUGUUGGCGAACGGUACAGAAAAAAAAAAAAAUACUGUGAGAAUGGUUUUUGUGAUUCAAGUUUUCACGGGUCAAACUGUACAAGAAAAAGAACGUUUUGUACAAUGUUAAACGACUUAUUUGGACAAUUAUUUACUAAAUCUGUGUUCGAGUGUGUUGGUGUUUGUGUGUGUGUGUGUGUGUGUGUGUGUGUGUGUGCGUGUGUGUGUGUGAGAGCAUAUGAGUGAGGUUAUGCAUCAACGUUUGUACCCAGAGACAGCUGUGACACUGGUAUCAAUAUCACAAACUCAGAACUAAUGUUUUGUCAGGAUGUCGGUGGAAAUUCAUUUGUUUUGUUUUUUGCCUUUUCAAUCAAUCUACCUCUCAUAUAUAUUUUUAGCUUUUCAUACAGCUGUCAUUAUUGAUCCCGUGUCGUCUUCUGAAUCUUCCUUUUCCUGUCCGUAAAUCCUCACUAACGGCGUCUGGUGUCUGUGUCUCGGUGGCUCUGUACCUCACUGCCCGAUGAGCCUGAUGCCUGUCCAGUGCCUGUGCUCACCCCCCGGGAGCUUCGGUCUUUACCGAGCGGCUUCAAACCUCGUUUCGUUCGCACUAGUUGAGCGCACUCGCGACUGGGAAUUGCGGUAGGAGGCAGUCUUUUGUUGCCGGCUUUGCUACACCGGCUGAGGAUCAGAGGCCUUGCUUUGACACCCCCGACAGGAGAAUUCAAAUGAAUUCUGCUGCCAAUGCGAGAUAACAGCCCACUGUCCAGGAAUUCAACUAUUCUGCUCUCUUCUUAAGCUAAUGAGCCCUUAUUUCACCCUUUACUGUCACAUUUUCCUUUGUUUUCUCUCUUUCCUCCUCAGAACUGCUGAAUGAUUUCUUGACUUGUGUUGAUAUUUUCUUCUUGGCCUUGUCUUUGUUUUCUGUUGCACUCUUUGCUGCUGAGCUUGACGUUUACCUCUGAAUAAAACUGUUUUCUCUC